AUGUCCGGUGCUGAAGUGGUGUUGCCGUCUUCUACACGGGCGCAGCGUCGCCAGAACACCAGCUGCGACCCAUGUCGACGCUCAAAACGGCGUUGUUUCUUCCAAUCUCCUACAGAAGAUGAUGCCAAUAUCGUCUGCGCCCAUUGCCGGCGCCUUGGACAUGAAUGCACCUUCCACUUUGCCACAGCACGCCUGAACUCUAGGCCAAAGAAGAGGCAACGCCGCUCCCAACCGAGGCGGGACCAGUCAGCGUAUCCAGAGGAAAAUGACUUUGAAAGUGCAUCUAUCGCAUUACCUGAGAUUUCCGCGUUUCAGGAUGACCUGAAUGACUUCCCCUCAUGGCUCAACCUUGAUAUGGACCGUCACUUCGACGACAACGUGCCAUACGUUUCCAACAAUCUAUCUGCAUUUGCUUCAUUCACAACCUCGCCAUUGGAGUGUAUGGCCCCUACAGAACUGGAAAAUGAUGACGGCACGCCCCAAAAUUCACGAAUCAUGGACUCAGCCCUACCCCUGACAACAGGACAUUUCGUUGGCAGCACGCUGCGCAGCCCCGUCUACCUGCUCAACUCCAAAAUGAAUUCGAAUAUCCUUGACGAUCGACUAUGCCGGAUCUAUGAGACGAUUGUAACUGGAUCCGCAUCAAGGUUCCUGGGUUAUGCCAGUAACCUAUACGCAACAGGGCAUCGGUAUCAGAUCGAAGAUAGCAGUCCGGAGACCCCGCAGAAAUGCUCGCCUUCGCCUCGUUCUGGUUCAUUCUUCCAACUACAGCCCAGCAGAACCAGGCGUAGCUCUGUCCAUGCAACAAUGCCAGACGAUAGUUUCAGCAUGACGUUACUGGGUUGUUUUCGCUUUCUGGAUCAUUUCGGUGAUCUGUACGGCAACAAAAUGAGCCCGGCUUCUCGGAGACAAUCAGAUUCAGCAUUGAAAGCAGCGCUCAGGGCAUUCUCGCUGCAAUGGUUGCCCAGUUCAGGCUCUGAUCCUGAGAACAACUUGUCCGGGAUCGCGAAUGGACAACGACCAUCAUCCGACCCAUCGCUAGACAUUUAUACUGAUGCAUGGUUCCGAGCUCGCAACCGCCUGAGAGACGCAAACUCCGUUCAAUCGUUCCGAGUUGUUUUUGCGACUUUGAUAUUCGAUGGGAUUGCCAUCCCAGCCAAAGCUCACAACGCCCUAAACGAACCUAGUAUAGAGCACGAGUUUCUUGACACGGGCCUUCAAAAGCUUCGUGAUUUGGAUGAGCGUGUGAAGCAGUACUGUGAUACUCUAGGCCCUUUUUCUCAAUACAGCGCCCUGCUAGAAGCCAGCUUGAGUCUUGUUCGUUGGAGUAGCUACAUUCGCGACACGGGAGCCGCUCUGACGGGAGAUCACCAAUGCAAAUUGCCUGAACUAUUUGUUCAGUCGGAUGCGUUUCCCAACGGAAUCACCAUCCCAAUUCAUCUUCUUGAGGAUUUGGAUCACAGCAUUCCAAACAUUUGUCGGAAAGCAGCUGCAGAGGCAGUCUGUGUCUGGAGAAAAAUCGCCAAUGUCAAGAAUUCUCUCCACAAGCUAGCUGAUGGUGUUUCCAGCCUCUCGGCUGGGACAUUCGAGACCAUCAGCUCGACCAUGAGAGCGAUCGAGAAAUUUGAUGAAUCAUUCCGACCUUUCAUGGCUCAUUGCAGGGACAUCUUUCAAGACCUGUCGAUUUCUUCAAGAAUAGCCUUCAUGUCCCUUGCGAUACCGUGGGACCUCGGAGCCCUCGUGCUCGCCGAAAUUAUGCCCCCCUUCGCCGAGGAAAUCAAUCAAUCCUACGACUCUAAUCUGAUUCCAAGAAUCAGCGCAUCUCAAAAGGAAGCAGCAACAUCCGUUUCCCAAACCAUCGACUGCAUGCUCACGCUCCCCGCCGAAGAAACAUUCAACCUCCAGAACGGCUUGAGUGCCGAAGUCCCCAUCAUGGCCUACCACGUUACCCCUAACAUCAUGACUGCCGCACUGGAAAAGGCGCUGGAAUAUGUGCUUGAAUCACAAGUUUCUCACUCGGAGAGAUCAAACGACAAUGCGCCAGAUCCCAUUCCUGAUGGUGUUUGGGAGCGUCAGGUUGAUUGCCUUAUGAAGGGUCUCCUCUCUCUUGAUGUGACUGUGGGUGGAUCGCAGACUGCUGGUGUUGUUAGGCAGUCUUUGAUGCAGAGAUAUGGAGAUGUUAUCUCUGAGUGUUGGUCCUGCGAUUUUAGUACGUAG